AUGCGAGCUUUUACCGGGGAUGGGCGACACAAAAAAGGAUGCGGAACGAAUCACAAAUCAUCUGAUUCACGGCUUAUUCUUCUGAGAUCAUGCCAUCUAGUUUCAACGCAGUUCCUAAACCACCAGCCAGAGCAAGGUGUCUUUGAGGAGGCGAGGCUUGGGCAACCUGGCAGUAUCCCAGCUCUCGUGUUUCCUUUGGGUGGCAUGGCAGCUAGGCACCGAAAGGGUGUUACAGCUGAGCAGUAUAGCUUUCCUAUGGUGAGAAACGAAUGA